AUGUUACAGAUGUCGGUGUGCCUGGCUGCUGCUGCUGUGUGGAUGGUUGCUGGCACAUCGUGGCAAGUGUUGGACCAGGAUGCUGCUGAACUCCUGGCUAUGUGGAUAUCCACAAACCAAGGUGCUGCUGCUGUUGCAUGGCUGGCUGUGGGUACAUACACUUCUCAGGAUACUGUUGCUUGCAUCCCGUGGGGCGGUAAUGUCAUCGCCAGGGGCGGUAGCGGCAGUGGAGGCAGCGGUGGUGGCGGAGGCGUCAACGGUGCUGGUGGCUGGGACAUGCUCGCGAGUGGCAGCGGAGGUGACGGCGGAGUUGGAGGCAGUGUAUGA